CAGGCGUCGCCAGCGACCGCUCUCGGCUCUCCAGACAUUGAGUGAGAGAGCGCAGUCGAGUCAAAGAGGAGCCAGUUGUGCCGGAAAGUUGUGAAAGAGUAGUGUGUACGGUGUUUUGUUUGGUUGGAAAAGCAGCGACAAAAGCGCAGAAGAGACAAGAGGCCGAACUUUAUUUUUUUUAAACAAAUUUUAUACACUUAUUAUUGAUCGGCGAGACUGCUGGUCGGCACACCGGAACAAUGGCAUCAGGAGUUACUGUGGCGGACAUCUGCAAGACGACCUACGAGGAGAUCAAGAAGGACAAAAAGCACCGGUACGUGAUCUUUUACAUUAAGGACGAGAAGCAGAUCGACGUCGAGGUCAUCGGGUCGCGCGAUGCAACCUACGAUGCCUUCCUUGAGGACUUGCAGAAGGGCGGCACCGGCGAGUGCCGCUACGGACUCUUCGACUUUGAGUACACCCAUCAAUGCCAGGGAACAUCUGAGGCUUCCAAGAAACAAAAGCUAUUCCUGAUGUCGUGGUGUCCUGACACAGCCAAGGUCAAGAAGAAGAUGUUGUACUCGAGUUCUUUCGAUGCUCUGAAGAAGUCUCUGGUUGGUGUACAAAAGUACAUCCAGGCGACGGAUCUGUCGGAGGCCUCCGAAGAGGCUGUCGAAGAGAAACUCCGAGCCACUGACAGGAACUAAGUGACGACAACUGCAGCACAAUAAAUACAAACAAUUUGAUAGAAAUGUAAUCGAUUUCAAAACAAAACUAAAAACUACAAGAGGGGCUACAAUGCACAAAUUACCCUUCCUCAAAACUUCUCCAAAAAAAAAGUUCUGUACCGUUUAUAUAAAAAUGGGAGUUCGUGUUUUUACAUGUUUUUCACUUUGGAAAACGUUUAUUACAAUAAUAUAUACAAAAGGAAGGGAGUACGUCGUACGUUAUAAGACAAAAAAAAAGUAUACAACGCAGUCAUAUUUGUCACACGCUGUCGCUACAUCGCGCGAAACUUGGUUUCAAUCAAUAUCGCUAAACUAAUAUUAUAAUGAUAAUAAUAAUAAGAUUUGUAAAAGGACAAAAAAAAAUACAAUUGUAAUAACAGCGUAUAUUAUACUAUUUAAACUGUCGAGAUGUAGGAGAGCAUUUCUUCUUUUUAUUGUCAUACAGGCUGUAUAAUGAAUAAAUUAAACUCAUUUCAUUAUUGUAUA